AUGGCGGACGACAAGUAUGCCAUCGCGGACACGGACAUGAUGGGGGAGAAGGCGGAUAUGUCGCACGAGGAGGUCGUGCAACUUACAGAGCUGACAGAGGAGGAGAAAAUGGUUGAGAAGAAGUUGCGCCGUCGCAUUGAUACAUUGAUUAUGCCUCUGGUGGUGCUCGUUUACUUGCUGAACUAUAUCGAUCGCAACAACUACGCCGCGGCUAAACUCCAAGGUCUCACGGAAGAUCUCAAUUUGACCGACACCGAGUAUCAAACUGGUCUUUCGGUUCUCUUCGUGGCAUAUAUCCUCAUGCAAGUCCCGAGUAAUCUGAUGUUGAAUUACAUCGGACGCCCAUCGCUCUACCUGGGUUUCUUCGUGACCAUCUGGGGCUUGGUCUCUGCUGUAACCUCUCAGGCAAAGUCCGUCAGUGGUAUUGUGGCUUGUCGGUUUUUCCUCGGUUUCGUCGAGGCCCCUUUCUUCGCCGGCGUCCUCUUCUACCUCUCGAAAUGGUACACCAAGAAGGAAUUGGCCUUCCGUAUGAGUAUUUUCUACUCCGGUUCCCUGGUCAGCGGUGCGUUCGGAAACCUCAUUGCAGCCGGCAUUCUGCAUGGAUUGGCGGGAAAGCGCGGCAUGGGUGCCUGGCAGUGGCUUUAUAUCAUUGAGGGCAGCAUCACUGUCUUCGUUGGGAUUGUUAUCUGCUUUGUGCUGCCCGACUUCCCAGAGACAUGGAAGCUCCUGUCCCCGGAGAUGCGAAAGGUUGCCGAGCGGCGCCUUGCCAUUGAUGCCGCGGAAGCCGAUGUGGAUGAUAAGGGCGGUAUGAGCCAGAUCCAGGGCUUGAAGCUUGCGAUGACCGAUAUUAAAACCUACAUUCUCGCCCUUGGAUAUAUGUGUAUCACGGGUGCCGCCGGGUUCCAGAACUUCUUCCCAACCCUCACGAAGACGCUCGGCUACGACGACACCAUUUCCCUACUACUGUGCGCCCCGCCGUAUGUUUUCAUGGUCAUCUACAGUCUGACUCAUUCGUGGGUCUCGGAUAGACUGGAAGUUCGAUUCUGGUUCUUCGCCUAUCCGGUCGUCCUUACUAUCAUCGGUUUCGUUAUCUUCAUGACGACGGAUGGCUUCGGUCCGCGCUAUUUCUCCCUGUUCUUGAUGGUCUUCGUCUUCGCCCAGAACGGUACCCUCUAUUCCUGGAUCGCCAACGCGCUGCCUCGUCCACCCGCCAAGCGUGCUGCCGCCUAUGCUUUUAUCAACUCGUUCGGUAACUCGGCCAGUAUUUGGACUCCCUAUACUUAUCUUCAAAGCGAGGAGCCCAAGUACUACACCGCCCUGGGUGUCUGCAGUGGUCUACAGAUCCUCGGUCUGCUUUGCGGUGUCUUCAUGUACUUCAACCUGCGCAUGCUCAACAAGAGGCAGGAGCGCCUGGAGAACGAGGAUGUUCAGCUGUCAGAGAAGGAGCUUCGGCGAUUGCAGCUUACGGCAGACACCGAGGGCAUCGACAUUGCCGCUGCACGGCGGUUGCAGAAGGGAUUCCGCUUUGUACUGUAG